CAGGACCUGAAAAAUCAGAUCAUGACAACGAACGUCUGGGUAGAGCAGGAGUGGAAUGAUUACAAGCUGAAGUGGAAUCCGGACGACUAUGGUGGAGUUGACACCCUUCACGUACCAUCGGAACAUAUAUGGCUGCCAGAUAUCGUUUUAUAUAACAACGCGGAUGGAAACUACGAGGUGACCAUAAUGACUAAGGCUAUCUUACAUCAUACUGGCAAAGUUGUGUGGAAGCCUCCGGCGAUCUACAAGUCAUUUUGCGAGAUUGACGUGGAGUACUUCCCCUUCGAUGAGCAGACCUGCUUUAUGAAAUUUGGCUCCUGGACAUACGAUGGGUACACGGUCGAUUUGAGGCAUCUUCUUCAAACAGACGAAUCGAACGAGAUAGAGGUAGGGAUCGACUUGACGGAUUACUACAUCUCCGUCGAGUGGGAUAUUUUACGGGUGCCUGCAAAGCGCAACGAGAAGUUUUACGUAUGCUGCGAGGAGCCCUAUCCAGACGUCAUGUUUCACAUUACACUGCGUCGGAAGACCCUUUUCUACACAGUGAAUCUCAUAAUACCAUGUGUGGGCAUAUCGUUCCUUUCGGUAUUAGUGUUUUAUUUACCGAGUGACAGUGGUGAAAAAGUCUCCCUUUCUAUUUCUAUACUCCUCUCACUUACUGUGUUCUUCCUCCUUCUGGUGGAGAUCAUACCAUCUACUUCGUUGACGGUUCCACUUCUAGGUAAAUACCUCCUUUUCACAAUGGUGUUAGUGACGUUAUCAGUCGUGGUGACGAUAGCAGUGCUCAAUGUGAAUUUUCGUUCUCCAGUGACACACAAAAUGUCUAGGUGGGUGCGCGUUGUUUUCAUUGAGGUGAUGCCGAAGUUUCUGCUUAUCCAAAGGCCGAAAAAGGAUAACGGCGAAGACAGUGACGAAGAGGUGGACGUUGACGGAAAACCGCCCGAGGUCAUCCUCACCGAUGUGUUCCAUGUACAAGAGACUGAUAAAUAUGAUACUUACUGCGGGAAGAGAUAUAGUGAGGAUUAUGAAGUGCCGCGUUUGCCAGGUUUGCCAAGUUUACCGGGUUUGCCGAGUUUGCCUCCUUCCGUUGCGAUCAGUAACGUCGGACCUUAUGACGAACCCCUACCAGCUUUACCACUGCCUGGUGUCGAUGACGAUUUAUUUGGUCCAUCGAGUCCUGCUUACGUUCACGAGGACGUCAGUCCAACGUUCGAAAAGCCGCUCCUCAGGGAAGUCGAAAAGACGGUCGACGAUGCCAGGUUCAUUGCUCAACACUCAAAGAAUAAGGACAAAUUCGAAAGCGUCGUAGAAGACUGGAAGUACGUCGCCAUGGUCCUAGACAGGAUUUUCCUCUGGAUCUUUACGCUGGCUUGUAUCCUAGGAACAGCAUUAAUCAUCUUCCAGGCACCGUGCCUCUACGAUACCACGAAACCGAUCGAUAUAAAGUACAGCAAAAUCGCAAAAAAGAAGAUGAUGUUGAUGAACAUGGGUCCCGAGGAGGACUAG